ACAGGCAGGUGGCCGGCCGGCUAGACGAGCAUGAGACUGGUCUUGCUUGAGUGGGGCCUGGUGGUGGUGCUGGCGGUGGUGACCGCAGGAGGAGGUGCAGCAGGAGGAGGAGGAGGAGGUGGAGGCGGAGGAGGUGGUCGAAAGGGCGAAAGAGGAGGAGGAGAGAGGAGGCGGAAGCUCCAUCGCAUCCAGCAGGGACAGUGUAGUUACACCUUCAUCCUGCCCGAGGUGGAGGGCUGCCAGGGGACGCCGGCGGAGUGGGGUGGGGGUGCCAGUGGAGGAGGAGGCGCAGGUGGUGGAGGAGGAGGUGUGAACGGAGUCCAGAGGGAUGCUCCUCCGCCUCCGCCUCCGGCGAGCGAGCGCGACUGGUCCAGCCAGAAGCUGCAGCACCUGGAGACGGCCAUGGUCAACAACACACAGUGGCUGCGGAAGCUAGAAAAUUACAUUCAAGACAACAUCAAAACGGAGAUGGUGCAGAUCCAUGCGGACGCGGUGCAGAACCAGACUGCCACCAUGCUGGAGAUAGGAACCAGCCUGUUGUCAAGGACCGCAGAACAGACCCUGAAGCUGAAUGUUGUGGAGGCGAAGGUCAUGAAUCAGACGUCUCGCAUUGAGAUUCAGUUAUUGGAAAAUUCACUGUCGACAAACAAACUUGAGAAGGAGCUUUUGGUGCAGACGUCGGAGAUUACCAAGCUUCAGGACAAAAACAGUCGCCUGGAGAACAAGGUUCGUCUGUUGGAGUCUCAGCAGCGUUCGGAGCUGGAGGGCAUGCGGUCGGAGAAGGUGCGUCUGCAGGAGGUGGUGCGGCGGCAGAUGGAGGCCAUCGAGGCCCUGGAGAGGCAGCUGAGGGCCGCCAGCUCCAACAACUCCGCCCUGCAGCGGCAGCAGCAGCAGCUCAUGACCUCAGUACACGCACUCAUGGGGCUGGUGGCGUCCGGGGGCACAGGGCCUGGUCCAAGAGAGCAGAAGUUUAAAGACUGUUCCCAGGCCUUCAAAGCCGGCCAUAACUCCAGCGGCCUCUACUACAUAUACAUCGGCAACAUGACCACGCCAACCAAGGUGUACUGUGACAUGCAGUCGGCCGGGGGAGGGUGGACCUUGAUCCAGCGGAGAGUCGACGGCAGCACAGACUUCCAGCGAGGAUGGGAAGAGUAUAAAACGGGUUUUGGUGACCCGUCCCUGGAACACUGGCUGGGCAACGAGGCCGUGCACCAGAUGACCAGCCAAUCACAGUUCUCCCUGCGAGUGGAGCUGCAGGACUGGGAGGGCUACUCGCACCACGCGCUCUACGAGCGCUUCCAGCUGUCCGGCGAGAAGCAGCAUUACAGGCUGUUCCUGAGAGGCUACAGUGGGGCGUCAGGUCAGCAGAACAGCUUGGUGUCACAUGGCAUCUCCUUCAGCACCCGAGACAGAGACAAUGACAACUGCCAGUGCAAGUGUGCACUCAUGCUCACUGGAGGUUGGUGGUUUGAUGCGUGUGGCUUCUCCAACCUCAAUGGCAUCUACUACGCGGUGGGCCACAACAUCCGCAAGCUCAACGGCAUCAAGUGGCACCACUUCCGAGGGCCCAGCUACUCCUUGCGCUCCACCGCCAUGAUGAUCCGACCGCACGACUUCUAGAGGAGAAGAAGAAGCUUAUGGGGGUUAGCUUACUCACCGCACAGAGAAGAAGGCAAGGCAUGGCAAACAAAGAAAGCAUCACAGUUGGCUUGCUUGGGGUACUUUCACAGAGCAGGGGUCGGCACCAAGAAGGUUAGGGUUGGGGUACUUCAAUGUGGCAUUUGGGCUACUAUGCCAAACACAGAAAACAUGGUGGGGUUGGGAGACUUUCACAGAAAGCAAGUAAUGGUGGGGUUGGGGUACUCAAACAGGCAAAAAGAUAAUACAUGGCACUCAAAGAGAAUGGAAAAGGGUGAGCAUGAGGUACUUUCAAAGAAAAGAGAACGGCACAUGGAAAACAAGAAAGCAGAGUGCGGUGUUUGGGGUUCUGUCACAGAAACAGAACAAGACACAGCAAGAAAGAAGAAUGGUGUUGAGGUACUUUCAUGGAGAAGACAAGACAUCAGAAAAAA